CCGCCGCCGCCGCCGCCGCCGCCCCAGUUGGAGGAGGGAGAAGCCAGCAAGAAAAUGGCGGCCGUGGCUGCAGAGGCGGCAGCGACUGCGGCGUCCCCCGGGGAGGGGGGCGCCGGCGAGGCCGAGCCGGAGAUGGAGCCCAUCCCGGGCAGCGAGGCCGGCGCCGACCCCCUCCCGGUGACGGCCACCGAGGCCUCCGUGCCGGCGGGCGAGGCGGACGGGCAGCCGUCCUCCCCUCAGGCCGGCGCGCCGCCGCUCCCGCCGCCGCCGCCGGGGAAGCCCGCCCGCAGCCCGGAGGCGGCGGGGCCGGCGCGGGAGGCGGAGGAGCAGCCGCCCGCCGCGCCCCCCGAGGGCCCGACCCCGCGCGCCCCCGCCCGAGCCGCCCCGGCCCCGGAGGCGCCCCCGCGGCCGCCGCCGCCCCAGCCCGCCGCCCCUGCGCUCGCGCCGCCGGCGGGCGGGGACUCCGCGGUGUCGCAGCUGAUCCCCGGCUCCGAGGUGCGCGUCACGCUGGACCACAUCAUCGAGGACGCGCUCGUCGUGUCGUUCCGCCGCGGGGAGCGGCUCUUCUCCGGGGUCCUCAUGGAUCUGUCCAAAAGGUUUGGGCCCCAUGGGAUCCCUGUGACAGUAUUUCCCAAAAGGGAAUAUAAGGAUAAACCUGAAGCCAUGCAGCUCCAAAGUCAUACAUUCCAAGAAGGGACAGAGGUCAAGCAUGAAGUGAAUGGUGCUGUUCCCAAUGAUCCUUCUCCUGUCCCGCCUCCUGAGCCCAGCUUGGCUGAAAGCCUGUGGACCUCCAAACCACCACCUCUCUUCCAUGAAGGAGCACCUUAUCCUCCCCCUUUGUUUAUCAGGGACACCUAUAACCAAUCAAUACCUCAACCACCACCUCGGAAGAUUAAGCGACCCAAACGAAAGAUGUACAGGGAAGAACCUACUUCAAUAAUGAAUGCUAUAAAACUCCGACCCAGGCAAGUUCUGUGUGACAAAUGCAAAAAUAGUGUUGUUGCUGAAAAAAAAGAAAUUAGAAAAGGUAGCGGUGCAAGUGACUCUUCUAAAUAUGAAGAUAAGAAACGGAGAAAUGAAAGUGUAACUACUGUGAACAAAAAACUGAAAACUGACCAUAAAGUGGACGGGAAAAACCAAAAUGAAAGCCAGAAAAGAAAUGCUGUGGUUAAGGUUUCAAAUAUUGCUCACAGCAGAGGUAGAGUAGUUAAAAUUUCUGCUCAGGCAAAUACAUCAAAAGCUCAGUUAAGUACUAAGAAAGUGCUUCAGAGUAAGAACAUGGAUCAUGCGAAAGCUCGGGAAGUGUUGAAAAUUGCCAAAGAAAAGGCACAAAAGAAGCAAAGUGAAACCUCUACAUCCAAAAAUGCACAUUCAAAAGUCCAUUUCACACGUCGCUAUCAGAACCCGAGCUCAGGUUCCCUUCCCCCCCGGGUUCGUUUAAAACCACAACGGUACAGGAAUGAAGAAAAUGACUCCUCUCUGAAGACUGGACUUGAGAAAAUGCGGAGUGGCAAGAUGGCUCCCAAGCCCCAGUCUCGCUGCUCUUCCACCCGCUCAGCAGGUGAGGCCCCUUCAGAAAAUCAGAGUCCCUCAGAAGGCCUGGAAGAGGCCAACAGUGAGGUUCAGGACACCAAUGAAGGGCUUGUGCCUGAUGAGCAGGAUGAACCACAGACACUGGGCAAAAAGGGCAGCAAAAGCAAUAUCUCUGUUUACAUGACCCUUAAUCAAAAGAAAUCCGACUCUUCCAGUGCGUCAGUGUGUAGCAUUGACAGCACGGAUGGCUUGAAGUCCUCCAGCUCUGAGUGUAGUUCCUCUGAAAGCUUUGAUUUUCCUCCUGGCAGUAUGCAUGCACCUUCCACCCCUUCCACUUCCGCCUCUUCAAAGGAAGAGCAAAAGCUCACUAAUUCCUUGAAAAUGAAAGUCUUUUCCAAAAACGUCUCUAAAUGUGUCACACCAGAUGGCAGGACCAUAUGUGUCGGGGACAUUGUUUGGGCCAAGAUAUACGGCUUCCCUUGGUGGCCAGCCCGUAUUCUUACUAUAACUGUGAGCCGGAAAGAUAACGGCCUUUUACUCCGCCAGGAGGCCCGUAUUUCAUGGUUCGGCUCCCCAACCACCUCUUUCCUUGCUCUUUCGCAGCUCUCCCCCUUUUUAGAAAACUUCCAGUCACGCUUUAAUAAGAAGAGAAAGGGCCUGUAUCGCAAGGCUAUCACAGAGGCAGCUAAGGCUGCCCAGCAGCUGACCCCUGAAGUGCGGGCUCUGUUGACACAGUUUGAGACGUGAACGUGGACAGUAAGGUAGGCAAGAACCAUGGAAAGGCGCCGCAGGUUUUCUAGUCUAGUUAGGAGUCACUGCUGCAAAGCAGCUUGGCCAUACUGGAGCGGGACUUGCACUCAGUUGGCUGCUUUUUAUACACUGACCUUAGAGCCAUUUUUAACUGAGAGGUUUAAAUUGAAAAAACAAUCAAAUUUUGUCUUAAGGAAAUGAGAUUUUUAGCAGUAUUUUUCAGUUUUGAAAUCUAAAAUCAUCCCAAGGCAUAGGAGCCAUAGCCUCAAUUGAAAAUGAAUUUUUGCAGGGACUGUUAAUUGCCAUUUGUACCUAGUACUGUGUGGAUGUGUGUAUGUGCAUGCACAUGUAACACACACGUAUGUGUGUAUAUAUUUGUACACACACACACACACACACACACCUUACAUAUUUAAUAUAGCCCGUCACUAUGUGACAUAGGUUGCAUAUUUGAGAUUGCAGUAAGGGCUGGUGAGCUGGGGGAAUCGUGGAUAUUUAAGGACUGUUUUAAUUAAUGAACACUUAGCUUUUCUAUGUGCAUAAUGGCUCAAGAGGCUGAUUAUUAGGUGUUUGACAAACUGAAAUGCUUGCUCCUCAGCUGUAGGCUGGGGAAAUAGGCCAGAGUUUGGGAGUCAGACUGUCCAAGGUGGCAAGGUUCCCGUCAUUACUCUUUCAUCCAGUGGGGACUUAAGGAAACUUUCAAACUUCUGGUUUGGGAGUUUAGUUAGUUUUGUUUUGGGAUAUGUAAAUAGGUGAUUGCUAAACUUGGUCAGAUUUCUCCUGACUGACUGUUCCUAAAUUCUUAGGAUACGUCCUAGUAAAUUACACUUUGUGAAUUGUCAUAUGUGUAAUUGUUGCAUUUUGGAUGUACCUAAUUUGAUAAUUAAAAAAAAAAUUUCCAUUUAAGGUAUCUGUUUGCAGGUCAGAAAAUGAGAAUAUGUAAUUGUGUAAUGCUCUGAAAUGUAAAAAAACAAAAACUGUAAAUAAAAUCAACUAAAUCCAAAUUAUUUGUGUGUGUUUCUCAAAAAGCUUUGAAAAAUUUCAAGAUGGUAGAGAAUUCUUUGUAAUAAUGUGUAGCGGAGGCGAACCAUCACACCUUCGUUUUCCUAUUUGCCCUACUAGGGAAUAUAUUAUAUGAGCAGAGGCAAAAUUAUAAAAUUGAAAUAACAAGUGAUAAUCAGUGUGUUAAAAUGAGGGUUCGUAGUUCAGAGGUCUGAUGUGCUUCUAGAUUUGAUUUCUUCCUCCCGCCAAUUUCUCAUAAACGUGUGGGUCAUAAAAUUUUUUCAUUUUUAGCCUUUAUUUCAUCAUGUUCUUCAUUAACAUUUGGGUAACCAGUGUCAUGGAUUUGGUCCUCUGCCUUAGAUAUCGUUGCUUCUGGGGCUAGAAACUUAGCUCACUAUUUUUCUACUUGGUUCAUCUGCCCCUGGGAUAAUUACUUAUUUUCUAUUUUUAGCUUUGUUAUUGUUGGUGAGAAAUGUAUCUGAUUACCUAUGGAGGCAACUUUAUUCCAAGAUUUUUAAAGUUGCUUUUGUACUCUUUGUAACCUGUCAAAUACGAUGUAAUGUCAGUUUGACACUUUUGGAAACAAAACUUUAGAGCAACUUUUUCUGAGUAGUACAGCUUGAAAUGUUUUAGUUACUAUGAAUUAAAAGACUAAUGGAAAUUGAAAAUAAAUAGUAUUCUGUUAGCUUCAUUAAGGUCAUGAACUUCCAUAAUUUAUGUGCCAAUUUCUGCAAAAGCAAGUAGGAUUUCUCCUGGGGAACUCAAUGCUUUUUGAUUAUAAUAAACACACAUUUGGGAAAAAAGUUUCUCUUGACUAGAACGUAAUUCUUUCCUGCAAACAGAAACCACUCUAUUUUAAAAGUUCUUUGAUUACAGGUUGGAGUUCAGUGUUUCAGGCAUUUUAAGGAAGUAUCCUAAAAGAUUUUCCAUUUUCCAAGUAUUUGUUUUAGUUAAUGAAUUUGUUCAUGUAGAUACCUUUGAAAGUUGAGGAAGAUUUAAACAAGGCAGAGCAGUCAUCUAGAAUAAGUAAUUCCAAAGCAUCAUGUAUUGAUACAGGUGAGUUUUACCUUAACAUAGGUGGUUGUGAUUGGCAAUUGCUAAUAUCAAAUGCUUGGCAAAGGUGCUCUUAUGGCAUAAAUCAUUUGAUUGAUUUCAGAAGAGUUGGGGGGAAAGAAAAACAAUGAAAUCAUGAUUGUUCAGCACAAAAAUUUUCCUUUGAGGAAAAGGUGGAAGUGUGAUCACAAAAGCUGUGACCUUAUUUUCAAGCCACUUUUCCCUCAGUCUUGUCAGUCUCCAAUAUUUCAUCUGAUGUUUCAAUAGGAGGCAAAGUUUAAAGGAUUUCUGUAGCCUUAAAAAUGUAUGUUCUAAACCUGGUAGCUGCUAUUACACGUUUUUUUCAAAUAGAUAGUUCUUAAGAAGCUAGAUAGAGGAAUUGGAUAAUUGUAGCUAUUUUUCUAUUUUCAGUAUAAUAGUAAUAAAGUUGCUCUUUCAUUGGAGAUAAUAAAGUGGCUAUUUUUCU